ACCACAACCACGCGAACGCGCCCCCUAGCGCCUUAGCAACGUAUUAGACAAGAGACGUAGGUAUUCCUUAGUCCUCAUCGCCCUCCAUUUUCACUGUCUCCGUCGACUGUUUCAAUAUACAAACUCACCCUCUCAACACCGUCUCCAUAACACAAUAUCAAAACAGCAACCAUGGGCGUCUCCCUCUCCACCGCCCGCUACCUGGCGCCAGCCUCCUUCCUCUACGACUUCGCCCUCCAACAGUACGGCCUCUGGUCCUCGCCCAACAUGAAAGAAAUCCACGACCGCAACCUCUCCUUCUUCUCCCCCAACCCGUACUUCAUCGGCGCCUUCUUCUUCCCCCAACAGCUUUUCCAGUUGGCAUGGAUGUACCGGCUCUGGAGCCUGAACGAGAAGAACCCACAAGAAGCGAAGCAGCUUGACACUAUCCGCCGCUUCGUGCCAUACUACGCGGUAGGCAACGUUUGCAUCGGGACGUGGAUGUUCUUCUGGAAUAGUGAGAGGAUGGCCAUUGCGGACGUUUUCGUUCUCGUAAACACAACGACGCAGUUGUGGUAUUGUUACACGCAGCUUGAGCCGAUGAACACGAAGGAUUGGAGCAGCAUCCUCACGCACGUGGUCGCGAAGACGUUUGCGGGUAUUGGUGUGUUGGAUCUGCUUCACAACACUAGCGUGGCUUUCUACCAGAACCAGCUUCCCAGCACCGCCGUGCAGGCUUUGACGGGCGUUGGCUUUGCCGGGCUGGCGGCGACGAGCGACUGGAUUCUCGGUGGCUGCUUGGUGUUUGACCUGGUGGGUUUGGCAACGGGCCAAUACCAGUACGGCAACAAGCAGUGGGGUCAGCUGUUGGGUGGCUUCGCGGUUGGCACGGCGGCCAUUGUUGGGCUGAGGAACUACUUCCGACCACCGUACAUUUCUAAAGCCCGGGACUAUAGGACUGUGGCGCAGGAUGAGGUUGACGAUCGGGUAUAGUUGGGGCGCUUCAUCU